AUGUCCUCCUCCAAACAAUCAGAUAAUAAUAAUAUUGAAACUCGUCAAUAUGAAAUUGAUGAUAGCAUAACUUGUCUUCAAUUUGAUCUCAUUUCGAAUAUUCAGAGGAAGGAAAAGCAAAUUGUAAUUGCAUUGGAUGUUUCUGGAUCGAUGCGUGGUCAAGGAAUUGAUCAAGCAAAGAUUGCAAUUUCGAAUUUAUUUGAACAAGUUGUCGAUAUACCAGAUGUUGUAUUGAUUGCCUAUGAUACCUCUGCAGAGUUGUAUGAUUUGAGGAAGAAACCAGCCGAAACUAGACAAUCAACUCUUGAACAGAUUCAAGCUGGUGGAGGAACUGAUUUUACCUGUGUAUUUGAGGCCAUUUCAAAAUUAGACAUGUUUAAUAGUCAAUCUGAGGUUGCAAUCUUGUUUUUCACCGAUGGACAAGAUGGAUCCAGUCAUAAGAGAGAAAAAGCCAUUGAACAGAUGAAGAAAGUUCUCGAAACUAAAACUCAAAGUUUCGAAUUUCACACCAUUGGUUUCACCUCUAGUCACGAUGUUGCAUUAUUGACCCAAAUUACUCAAUUGGGUUCAGUUCAAGGAACUUUCCAAUAUGUGAAAGAUGCCAAUGAAAUUAAUCAAUCGAUGGAAAAUCUCAUUGGAUUAUUGACCUCUAAUUCAAGUGUUGGAAUCUUGUCAAUUAAGGAUGAUGGAAAUCAAGUUGAGAAAACCAUGAGAGUUUCCUUCACUUCUCAAGAGCAAGAAGGCAGAUAUAGAGGAUAUGCGUUCAUUGAGAAGAAACCAGAGGAUUCGUUUACUUAUUCGAUUGAACUUUUUUCAAAAGUGGUGAACAUUGUGCCAUUAGCGAAUCAAAAUGAUCAAUCGGAUAAAAACGAUCCAACUCUAAUUAAGAUUAUCAUCAAAUACAUUGAAAAAUCCUUAUUGGAAAUUACUACCAACAUUUCUUCCAAUACUCCAAAAGAAACCCUUAAUGAAUUCUUUAAUAAGGGAAAGAAAUUGCAAGACAAGUUGGCAAUCAUUACUUUGAAUAUUCAGAGAAUGAAGAAUCGAAUUUUGAGGAGAGAUUUGUACGAUUUCAGAAAUACUAUUCAUGAAACUUUGGUGAAAUUUAAUGAAAUUCUUUCAAGUGCCAUGAUUGGAAAUUUUUCCAAUGACAAACUUGCAACCUUGAAUGAUAUUGCUUAUCGUUCUGUCACUAAUCAAUGCUUGAAAAAGAAAUUGGACAUGAGAAAGCAAGAAAAUGCUUCAAUUUUCAAAGAUUCUGAAACUGUAAUUGAGCAAUACGUUAAUGAAAUGAAUUUUGAAGAAUUGAAUGAAAAGUACAAUGAAUCAAUAGAGAAAUACGGAACUUGCAUCAUUUCCUGUCAAAAUUGGUUGGAAGCAUUGCAAGAUCGUGAUUGCUUGUGUUUGGCUCUUGAUGUCAUUCGUCCAGAAAAUGCAAUCAAAGAUCCUUCUCUUGUAGAAAUCAAAUCUGUCAGUGCAACCAUGAUGACAGCUGAAUCAUUCUUGGAUUCUGUCUUGUUUUCAUUGGAAAAUACCAAUGACCAAAUUAGUGUCCACGGAGGAUUUUCUGGUCAAUCAGGAACUGUAUUGACUGGAACUGCAAAAGAGAAUAUUUCUGGAGUGUUGCCAUUGUAUAUUAAUGAAGAGCACUGGAAAGUUGCAAAGGAAAAGAUGAAGAGUAUUUUGGGAUAUGUUGCAACCUUGGAGCCAUUAGGAUAUAUGAAGGAACAAUUGGAAACUAUUCCAUUUUUGGUAUUGGUGAAGGCAGUUCUUUCGUAUAGUCAAGGAAAAAGUGAAUUCUCCAAACAUCAAUUGCAAAUUAUUUUGGAAACUUGUUCUAAAGUUUUGGAAGAAUUGAACGAAUACGACUCAAUUAAUCAAAAGUUAUUGAACUAUAAUCAAGAUGUCAAUGUUAGAUUCCAAGAUUCCAUUCCAAAAAAUCAAAUCUUCCUCGCCACAGUCUUGUGUUCCAUAAUUGGUGGAAAGGUUUCUUCCACUUCCAUUAAUUGGAAACUAUUCUUCCAAAAUAUUAUGGAAGAGGAUUUGAGAAGAUCCAGCAGUAUCCUUGAAAGAAAUUCCUUCUCUGAAAAGGAUAUGUGUGAAAUGUUGCAACUCGAUGAAAUUAUAGAUUCCCAAAUUGAGAUUGUUAAAAAGAAAAUGUUCCAAAAUAAGAAAGAAACUUCAGAAAAUCAAUACAUUUCAAAAAUGAAACAAUUAUUGGAAGCAACUGCUCAAGAAGAAGAACAAAUUGUCAAUUUCAGAUGA